AUGUCUCAGCUUAUGCAGAAUAUUAGCUUACCUUUUAUUGAAGAGAUUAUAGAGGAAGACAUUAUCUGUAACCUCGAUAGUAGAACGAAAGCCGAUGCAGUUUCUCCCCAUCUAACCAACUCUGAUUCUAGCAUCUUGGAAGCUUCUCCAAACAUGGCUCCAACAGCUGAUCAUGAUGAUGAUGUUCACAAGUCUGCAGAGAGUAGAGUUUCUUUCCCUAUGGAGCAUUUGGAUUUCUCCAGAAAAUUGCCUAAUCAUUCACAAGAUGACAAGGAAAUUGUUGGAAGUGAUCUCAAAGCACCACCAAUUGGCAUGCAUUGGACUAAUAUGCAUGUUGAUCAGGUUCAUGCUAUUUUUGAUUGCUCGGGAAGGUAUGUAAUCACUGGUUCGGAUGACCGCCUUGUGAAAAUAUGGUCCAUGGAUAUUGCAGACUGGCUGGCUACCUGUCGAGGGCAUGAAGAUGUGAUAACUGAUCUUGUUGUGAACUCGAACAGCACGUUCAUCGCAUCCGCAUCAAAGGAUUGUGUGAUCCGUGUUUGGCGAUUGCCAGAUGGCUUACCGGUUUCUGUCCUCUAUGAACAUACUGGAACUGUUACAUUCAGUCCCAAACCUGGAUCCCCGUAUCAGCUUCUCUCGUAA